AAUCAGCUAAUGAGUAAUAAAUCGUUUCUGGGUGGUAACAAAAAUAGAUUUAAUACAUCAAUCAAGAAUCCAGUUUCACCAAUGGAUAAUUUAUUGCACCAUUUCAAGGAAGUGAAUCCAAUUUACAGAUCAGAAACGCUUUAUCAUAAUCACAGUGAACCUUGGAUAUCAAAUUUAUGCAUGGCAAACACAACAGCCUCUUCAAGUCAACUACCUUCAUUGUAUUCAACAUCUAUUGCGUUACCAGUGAAUGAUUCUAACUGGCACUCCGUCCUAAAUUCAAAGAAUUACAUUUCCAAGGUUCCACAAAUCGCCGACGAAAACACAACUUCAGAUGAAUCAGUUUCACUUGGAAAUGUGAACAAUGAUGUUUUCCAUCGUUUUAGUCAACCGAUUGAUUUAACGAUGAAUCAUCAAGAAAGUCAUCCAAAAUUGGAUAAUUCAAUGUCUUCUUUUGGUGAAGUAUAUCCACAAAGUCGAAGCACAAAUGAAGUGUGCACUGAUGAAACAUCUUUCAAUGACUGGAGUCAAUGCAGUUCGCUUACACUCCCAUGCUUAUUAUGCAAAACUGUUGAAAAUUCUCCACAUCAACUGCUAAAACAUCUAGAACAAAUGCAUAAUAUAAAUCCAAAUCAAUUUAAAACUUCACCUAGCCAAAAUUUUCAAGAUGUAGAAGUAAAUAAGCAAGUUGGGCAAUCUUUUAUACAGCUAAAUGACGACACAAUGAAUAAAUCAAGGCUUAGUCAAUAUGAUUCAUCUUCAAAUCAUUCCUUACCUAACCUGUAUACAUAUCCAAUAAAUUUUACAAGCUAUAAUAUGCAUUUAUUCAAUUACAUGUAUAAACUUAUAUCUGCUUAUAAAGAAAGAGAUGUCAGGGAACAAGUGAUUACAUCCAGUCAACCAGUACACUACACAAAUAUGGGAAAUUCAGAAGAUUUUGAAAAUGUAACCGGUGGUAAGCAUAAUCAAGAAUCCACUGUCUACGAUAACAUCAAUUCCUACUUAUUGCAUAACUAUGGAAAUACAAUGAUACGACAGGCGAAGUCAUUUGUUGAAAUUAUAUCCGGCAGAAAUCUACUACCUUGCCUGAAUAAAAGUGCAGAGUUUACAGUAGAAAACAAACUGAUAGAUGAUGCUAAAAUCGUCGAGCAUCCUAUUCUCCGUCAGUGCCUUUUAGAUUCCAAUAAUGCUACUAAUAGUGAAAAUAAUAUACUAAGCCCACCACCUAAACUGGUAAUCAGUAGAAGACGUGAUAUGUGUGAAUUUUGUGGAAAGAUAUUUCGUAACAUUAGUAAUCUCACUGUACACCGACGUACUCAUACCGGCGAGAGACCAUAUCACUGUAACCUAUGCCCCUAUGCAUGUGCUCAAUCGUCAAAGUUGAAAAGACACAUGAAAAUACACACUAAACAGCAGCAUCAACAGAACUGUAAAUCCAAUUCAAGUAGUUGUAUGAAAUCCUUAAAUGAAAGGCGAUUCUCUUGUGUAUAUUGUGGUAGGAGAUUCAAAUUUCUUGAUAUGUAUGAAUCUCACUCAGUAUGGUGCAGGUUGGGUGCUUCCAAGACUGAAAUUAGUAAUCAUUUGAUUUAAAUAUACAUGUAAAAUUAAAAGUAUUUUACAAGUGAUACUGUGCAUAAGAGGAUCAAAAAGAGAG